AUCGACACAUGUGAAUCACCACAACCACCACAACUAAAAGAAGCUUCAGUGGACACUCUUCUCACCAUAACCACAUUCAACACUGAUCCAGAGGAACUCAUUGUUCAACUAAGGACAGCUGUGGAAAAUGUCACUUUACCUUUCAACAUCACAAUUGAUUUAAUACUGACAAGCUUAAAUUUGACCACAGCCUGCUAUUCAGACUUUAAUGGACAAGAGCAAUGUAAGUGUGAGGAUCCAUAUCUAUGGCCAUGUGACAUCUGUGAGAUUUAUGGUACAUGCAGUAAUGCCAGUAUGCAAAACUGCGACUGCAUAAAUGGAAUUCCUCCAGAUGGCCAGUAUUGUGAAUUAAAUAUCAUCACCACAUGUCCAACAACACCAACAACACCAACAACAACAACUAGAAUAACAACAUCACCACCAACAGAAAGUAUAACUAGUAUGCCCCUGACAAUAGACGAGAGGUCGUUGUCGUUCACAAUGGGGAUCGAAUUUGACGAAUUAUACAACAAUGAAAAUAAUGAAGUUCACCAGAGAUGUUUAGGUUCUAUUGAAACCCAAUCUGCGAUCCAUAUCCCAGGUCUACUAUCAGCGAGUCUUUCAGGCUUCAGGAAUGGUAGCACCAUUGGUGACUUUGAAAUUACUGCAAAUACUCCAAUUGAAGACCCAGCUGUUGAUGCACUUCUAGUGGCAUUAUUCAAUGACCUGAGAAACACAUUUCCUAUGGUAUUUGAGAGCCGUAGAGACUUAAUAUUUCAACCAGAUAUUUUAUUUUUUGACGACACUUUGAGUGUGACAUGUGGCCCGCCACCAGAAGAGCUAGAGUUUCGUAUCACCUUGUCAGAGUGGACACGUGAUGGUGUUUUGAUAAAUGAAGAUGAUCGACACAGCUUUUCACAAGCUAAUGGAGUGCCAACACUUACGAUCACAAAUUAUUUUUCCACUGACAACGGACGCUAUCAAUGUCAGCUGUUUGAUCAGAAUUCAAGUUUCCGACAGGACUCUAAUGAAAUGUUCAGUCUUUCGGAAACACCCACAAUCCAGAUGGUUCCCCUCCAAAACACUAUCUUGUGUGAUGUUGGGCAGCAAGUGUCACUAGAGUGCACUGUCCAGGACCCCUACCAGGUGGAGUUUAAAGACAUCCCAAAUGCAGAAACAGGCCCUGCAAUCCGACAUCUGAUAACAAUCACACAGGCAGACUGUGAUAACAAAGAAUUAAACAUUACUUGUCAAGUGAUGGAUUUUUCGCAAUUCAAACGGAUUCUAACAUUGGUGUUCGUGGCCGAUGGUGCAUUCACAUGUGUUGCUGAUCCAGUAUUUGGAAAUGGAUUUUUAAAUGAUACGGGUAGAGCUACUUGUGAACUAAAUGAGGUGGGAGAGAAGACUGCCAUUUGCAGGGAAAGUGGAGAAUGGGAAGAUCGAGCAGACAAUUGCACCCUCCAAAGGAUUGCGCAACUAGUCUUUGAAUCUGGGUUUUUGACUGAAGGGGCGUUGUCAGAUUUCUUGGAAGAACUCAGCAUCACCACUCUUGAACUAAGUCAGCAAGUGACUGAAUCUCCUAACAAUAUUGAGGCCAUUGUUACAAUUCUCAACAAUGUAGCAACGUUUGUAACAACAAAUAUUAUCGAGAUAAGUCAGGACCCCAUGGAGGAUAUUCUUAUAACUACUGAUGUCCUUACUAGAGAUGAGGCAAGAGAAUCAUGGGACAUUCUCAACCUUCAAGCUGUCAUCGAGACCAUAGCAACAAGAAACACCAUUCCCAGAAAUGAGAGUGUCAGCUCAUUAUUGUUGUUUGGUCUUGAGGGUAUAACGAGUAGGCUAAUCAAUGCCUCGUUUAACAUUGAAACACCUUUGAUCCUCUUGAACAAAACUACAUUCACCAACAGUUUCAAUGCGGAUUUUAAUUCUACAGUGGAGAUAGACAUAGAGGAGUCUAGUGGGCCAACAAACCUCACUGUGAUAACCUUUGAAUCAUUGGAUAAUGUACUUCCGCCAAGAGAUGAAAACAACUCUACAGGCAGGGUAAUCAAUGGGAGAGUCGUACUUGUUCAGUCUGACACCACCGUGGACAAUGUCUCUUUCACAUUUGACAUUAUAGAUGAGACUCUGGGGAACCCUCAGUGUGUGUUCUGGAACUUUACUCUCUUUGAAGGUCUUGGAGGAUGGGACGAUGAAGGCUGCGAGCUUGUUGACAGAGAUGACGAAACGGUUACAUGUCAGUGUGACCACCUGACUUCAUUUUCAAUCCUAAUGUCACCCUUUGUUCCAAACAGACGUCUGUUGGAUUUCAUAACCUACAUUGGCGUCGGUAUUUCCUUGGCAUCCCUAGUUAUAUGCCUCAUUAUUGAAGCGUUUAUAUGGAAAAAAGUUAGGAAGAGCAACACAUCACACUUGCGCCAUGUUUCCAUUGUUAACAUUGCACUGUCUCUCCUGAUUGCAAACAUUUGGUUCAUUAUUGGUGCAAGUAUCUCGGAAGGAGAUAAAAGGAAUCCAGAUGCAUGCACUGCUGCUACCUUUUUCAUCCAUUUCUUUUACCUCGCUCUCUUUUUCUGGAUGUUGGCGUCUGCACUGUUGCUGUUCUACCGCUCAGUCAGAGUCUUUGGUGGAGAAAUUUCUAAAAACACUAUGAUGGCUAUUGGAUACUCUCUUGGCUAUGGGGCCCCACUGAUUAUCACAGUUAUUACUAUUGCUGUAACAGCACCGAACAAUGCUUACAUUCGAGAAAAUGUGAUCUGCUGGCUAAAUUGGGAAAGGUCACGAGCGCUGCUGGCAUUUGUGAUCCCGGCACUGCUCAUCGUGUUUAUAAACAUUGUAAUCCUAAUUGUGGUGAUAGUUAAAAUACUGCAGAGUCGGGGGAUGACAAGCACUGCACAAGACGAUGAGAAGUAUGUCCUGAUGGUCAUUAUUCGGAGCUUGGCCAUCCUCACACCCUUUUUUGGAAUAACUUGGAGUCUUGGAGUUGGAAUCUUAAUUGACCCAACUAAUCUAGGAAUCCACAUAGCCUUCGCCUUCUUCAAUUCUCUGCAGGGUUUCUUCAUAUUACUUUUUGGAACUCUCUUAGACAAAAAGGUCCGGUCAGAAAUUUCAGUUUUCAAAUCGUCUACAAGUUCUGGAAGCGGGACAAGGACGACGAGUUCUGGAAAUUCAUCAAGUGGAUGGCAGAUAUGGAAGAACUUUGGAAGAAGAGGUGGUAACAACGUGUCAUCUGAUUCCUCUUCAUCUCAGGCGAUCAAUGCUUGAUGUCUCCUGCGAACAUCUCUGCUCAGGCUGACCAAGCAACAAACUGUUUCCAGAAAGUGUGUGAAAUGCGCAGAGAUAAGCUGUUACACUAAUGCUAAAGUACUUUAAUACUACUGUCCCGUUGUCUACUUAAUAUAAUUCCAUCCACGACUCUAUCAACUAAACACUUUUGACAGCAGUACUAUUGCCUUGAAACAGGUGACCUAUUUAGGAUUUACUUUGUCCCAAACAGAUCCCAAACACUGUUACUUGUUUCUAAAUAUUGGACUCUAUCUGCAUGAUCGUAGGCAGGUUUCCGAACAAAGAAGCAAUCGUGUGGCAAUGAUACGGUAACUUUUUUUUUUUUUUUUUUGCUGUCAAGUUUGCAAAGUAUCUAAGGAUUGCUAAAUUACCAAUUGCUUUAAAUCAUUAACCAAUGGUAUAGUAUAGUCCUCAAAAUAUUUCUUCUGCAUUUUGGUUGGUGACGUAAUCUCACAAAAAAAUAAUUGAUGAUUUUGUAUGGAUACGUGAUUGUUAGAGUUGUUAAUUUAAUAACACAUAGGGUGACACCCAAAGUAUUGUAAUUAAUUUGCGAAGGGCUUUUUCUUUUGUCUGACCUGUCCAGGCAAAGUUUUGAUUCGCCUACACAGGUCAGUGAAUUUGCAUGAAUUUACUGGCGGUGCAUUGCAACGACUGGUAUUGGAUUAUCAGUUGAAGUAAAAUUAUUAAUGAAUAAAUAUCACAGCAUGACAGGAGGCAAUUUAAAAGCAUUAACUGUUUUCAUGAUUUAUAUCAUUAAAUAAUUUUGAUACACUUGCCAGACAACGCUAUCAUAAGCUGUUUGAAGCACUUUACAAAUAUAUUUGUGAUAAAUUAUACCUUAUACUUAGUGUGUACAGUAUGUUUCCUCUAAUCAAAUGUACAAUACAACAGGUAACUCUUGACAGAGUCAAGUCACAGAGGCUCAGGAUUGUCUUACAUUUAAAAUGUUUAAUGUUCUGUAAUACGCUUUACUACUUUGCGGAAUUAUUCUUUAGUCAUAAAACGUUAGGGAUACUCAGCUUUGGAGUGAAAUUUCAGGAUUAACCUAAAAUGCCUUACAACCUUUACAGGUGGACUUAAUUUGACCUUCUUUCAACAUUUGAAUGCACUGGUCAAUCACUUCAAUGUUUCACUACAUUUUGCACAUCUUUCUGUUCUUUAUCAAGGAGCUGAAUGGCAAAAUUAGCAACUCUCUAAGCACAAUAGCCGCUUUCCUCUGAAACAUCCGGUUUGAAGUUUUGUAAUGGCGAGGUACUGUCGAUUAGGUUAAAUUUUGGUCUCUUGAAUGUGAAGAGCGAGAUGAAGAGGACCGUUUAAAUACCAAGUCUAAUUAAACCAGGAAAGUAAUUGGUCAAUUCAGGGAUCAAACACUUUUUGUGUAUUUUUCUGUUCAUCUCCUUGUUAGAGAAGAGCAAGUUGUUCAAAAACUACCUGAACAUUGAACAGUUGGUCAAAAUAAGAGUAAUACGUAGUAUACAGUGCAUUUUAGACUCAACCUAAAAUUUUACCUGAAAGCCAAAUAUCCCAAACUUUUUUGUGAGUAGUGUAUGUAUUUUUAGUGCAGAAGCAGUUAUAUACUGACUGUGUUAGUCAAGGACAUCAUUUGUGUAACACUAUUGUACACGUUUGUAUAUUUUUCCUGUCUUACCUGUUAGUGUUAUUUAACAUACUUCCAUUAAGGGAGUAUAUUAUACUAUGUUGCGAUACAGUGUGUUCCGUGUUCAAAUGUUUAAGCUUAAUUAAUUCAAGACAUCAUUCUUGAAUUAAUUAUCUAACAACAUAGAUAAUGAAGUGUAUUUGUAAAUUAAUGUGUACGUGAUGAUUAAAAUGUUGAACCCAAGCAAUGAA